UUGUGUGAUAAAAACUGGAAGUCAGCCGGUGGACGAGGGGCUAUUUAUUCAAAAAAAAGCACAGGAACCGGGCGGCACACGUCGUUUUAAACAAACUCACUCGCUGCUGUGUUGAAACUUGUCUCAUUAGCGAGGAAGACGGCGAAAAUUCCUCCUUGUAAACGCACCGAAGGCUAGUUUUUAUUUUGCUGUGGCUGUCGAAAGGCGGGGAAUACAAAGCGACGUGUGGUCAAAAGCAUUUAAUUUUGGACUCAUUGAAGCAAAAACGGGAUUACUACGAAGCCAGGUCGUGCUACUGUGACUGGUCAACGAUAGUACAUGGAUUAUCUGUGUUUCCGGGCACUGUGCUGUAAAGGACCCCCACCACCAAGACCGGAGUAUGAUGUGGUGUGCAUUGGCCUGACAGGUGCUGGAAAGACCAGCCUGCUCUCACGCCUCUGUAGUGAGGGCAGCGACGGCAUCGUUCCUACAACAGGUUUCAGCAUCAAAGCAGUGCCAUUUCCAAAUGCCAUCUUGAAUGUAAAAGAACUUGGAGGAGCUGACAACAUCAAGAAAUAUUGGAGUCGUUACUACCAAGGCUCACAGGGUGUAGUCUUUGUAUUGGACAGCGCGUCAUCAGAUGAAGACCUUGAGGCAGCACGAAAUGAGCUCCACUCAGCCCUGCAGCACCCACAGCUCUGCACACUGCCUUUCCUCAUCCUUGCCAACCACCAGGACAAGCCUGCUGCAAGGACGCCAAACCAGAUCAAGAAGUACUUUGAGCUGGAGCCGCUGGCCCGAGGGAAGCGCUGGAUCUUGGAGGGCAGCACCACCGACAACAUGGAGGCAGUGAAGGAGAGCUUUGGUCAGUUCAUUAGCCUGUUGGAGGACAAGGACACAGAGCCUGCAAGGAUAUGAUGCUAACACUGCUAAUGCAGAGACAUUAGCGGCUAACGACAAGGAAACACCGCAUCCUGAUGGUGCCCAUGUUCACACACUCAUGCACAGACACAAACAUGUACACAUAAGAAAAUUCAGCAGAUGUGGGCCUCUCUCUUCGAGAUGUGUAUUGUAUGUUAUCCUUCACUGAGGUCUCAUUUUUCAAAUUGGAAGAGUGUGCACAAGCAACAGUCAGCCACUACAACCUGACAGAGGAGAGCUGCCAUUAAACCCACCCGAUGUAAAACAGUUUGUCAUGAAAAAUCAUUGAACUUUGCCAGGGAUGGAAAUCUUGUUUACUACUGUGCCAUUGUGAUUAAACCAGUGGCAUUUGGGACGUAUGGCAUUCCUUUAGUCAUCGUUGGACACUAACACACACAUUCUCAUUCUCAGUCUCACACACACACACACACACACACACACACCCACACACACACACACAUACGGUCACACACAAAGUGGAGCCCAGGUUGUCUGUAGAUAUGUUUAACGUCUCCACUAAUUACUUUACAGGAUGUUUGGGUGGGCACGGUUGAUAUCCUUUCCACUGAGAAGUACUGUAUGGCUGUCAAGUGUGCUUCUCCUUUUGACUUGGCAACAACGAAUGUCGUUGUGUGGUCGGAGUGCAUAGUCCAAAGCCUUGUGUUAUGUACGGUAGUUACAUAUCGGUGAGUCACACUGUGUCUGAAUAUCUAAUCUGAAUAGUGUAGUCUGAGUAUCUCAUGGAGUAUUAUGUACAUGCAAAGAAGCAUGUUGCUGUGUACCCUCCUGUGCCGCCAUACACAAGUACUACUUAUCAUGUGACUAAGUGCUAGGUGACUUUAUGGAGUCGUGAGUCCAUUUGGAGAACGUGAGAACAAGUCUGAAUGCUUUUUAUAAAUGUGCAACUUACGAUAUAUUUUAUAGCUCUGUAUGUUAACCUCAAAGAGCUACGUUCAGAUUUUUUAUAUAUCAUACCACACCUAUGACUUCUUUCAAAUCAAAGACCAAAAAACAAAAAAAAAAAACAAAACACAGUGAUUAUUGACUGGGCUGGGUGUAGCCACAAGGUAGAGAAAUGUGAUGGAUUUAGCUUCAUUUCAGUGUUUAGCAAAUGUAAUAUUUGUGUAUCUGCAUUUUUACUGUAUUUUUUUUUUCUUCUGAAUUUGACAUAAUGCCUCUCAACACUGGCGAGCGCCUCCAGUCUCCCAUCAGGGUGGAAUACAAACUCUAUCAAUCAGCCACAGCAACAGCUGCAUCUGACAAGUCCCUGUCCGACACCCUAAUGCCUUCCAACUGUCUGUGAAGACCCCUCCCUGUCUGCUGUUUAUCGUGGACCCCCACCCCACCUCAUCCCAACCCAUUCCAACCAACGUUGCCCCUCCACUCCAGCUCCGUUCCCUGUCCCCAUUACUGCUCAGUGGGGUUUUUUAUCCCAGAUGCCAUCUUUCAGCCCGGCUGCUCUCGUGUGGACUCCAAACGUCUAAAAUGAGUCGUAUUCAUUGUGCCACAGGUGUGUGGUUGUUCCCCAGGAUGUGCUUCAGUAACGGAUAAAGUUCACACCUACUUCCUGUGUGCUUUGCAUUUUUGUUGUUGUUUUGUUCAGUAUUUUGUCAGGUUUUUAGAGAUUGAAUCACUUUUUGUACCUGACUUGAGAUCUGCCAGGUAAUGUUUACAGUCCGCAUGGAUCAUUGCAUUCGGUUGCUUGAAUGCGAAAUAAAUCUUUCGACUAGGAGGGUUUAUACCAAUGCCGGACUGCUGACACAUAGGUUUUAAAACAUUCACUGCAGUCUAUUUUGUUUUUUUGUUUUUUUUGUAUCUUUGUUUGUUUUUUCAAUCAUACAUUUUGUCUAAAAUGGCAAUUAAAGUUUUAAAAA